ACAGUAUACUGCGCUCUUCGCAUCCGAGUCGCGUGAAGCCAUCGAACUGCUAGUGCUGCUACUACUACAGUCUAUAAGAGAUGUCUGUCCUCACUCGUAAACGACGACGCUCGGAGGCAUUCCAAGAUGAUGAAGAACAGCAGCAUGAAGAGCAAGUAGAAGCCGAAGACCAGUCAGAGGCGGAGGCACAGGACGACGAUGCAGGGUCGGUAGCGGAGAAAGGAGACGCGCCGGACGAGAGGGCGAAGAAGGAGCGGGAGGUAUGGGACGCGUUCAGAGAGGAGCAGUAUGAAGUGCUCGAGCAGCUGCCGCUCUCCCUGCAUCGUUCGUUCGCGCUGAUGUUGGAGCUAGACCAGCAGGUGCAAGAUAAUGAGAAGAAGCUCGUGCCCACUCUCCGCGAAUACAUCGCCGUCAGGAAGAAACUGGCGAGCCAGAGUGCAGCUCAGGACCAGGACACCGCCGCGGCUCAUGCAAGUGACGAGCCAGAACCCAUGCAGGAGGAUCAGACGAGUGCGCAGGAAGCCCUCCCUGAGAACGCACAGCAACCAGACACAGCACCGACUACACGCCCACAAGACAGCUCAUCCGGCCCCUCGUCCAGACACCUACUUACAAAGGUUGCCAACCUAUCAGAGGAGAUUGUCCGUGCCUCCAACGAGAAAGUAAACGUUGCGAGGUUUGCAUAUGAUCUGGUGGAUAGGUACAUCCGUGACCUGGACCGCGCCAUCAAAGAGCAGGAAACUUCUCUCUCGCUUGGCCUCAGGCCAGGGACGCACCCUGCCUCCAUCAUCCUCCCCGAGGUCAUUCCGCCCACAACUACCCGCACUCGCAUCGCACAGCAGCCCCCUCCGCCUCCGCCUGAGCCGAUCGUGGCUCCUGAAGUGCCUCCGGUACCUCGGGCAGUAUCGGAAGCCACAUCUGUAAACAUACAAGCCGAAGAAGAUGACGAGGAGGAGGAUGAGCCUACGCUUGGUAUUGAGUCCACUGAGUCGCCAGAGCGCAACGGAUCGCGCUCGAUCCUUGUGCGACCGCGUAGGCGGCGUACCGCGAAGUGGUCUCGAAAGAAGAAGGCCGUCACCCCGGCUGACACCGACCAGGCCGAGACAUCUACACCUGAGGGCACCGCGAGCUUGAAGCUGACGGUACCACCCCUAUCAUUUAUCACCGCGCAAGUAGGCAAUAAACCAGGUGUGGCAGGCGACGCGUCGGAGUUGGGGGCGCUGGGUGACAUGCCAAUCGACCCCAACGAGCCAUGCUAUUGUUACUGCAAUCAAGUUUCAUUCGGAGUUAUGGUUGCAUGCGACAAUGAUAGCUGCAAACGUGAAUGGUUCCAUCUCGGUUGUGUUGGCCUCAAAGAGCCGCCCCCACCAAAAGCGAAGUGGUAUUGUCGGGAUUGUGCUGAGCAGAUGGGCAAAAAGAAGAAAGGGCGAUAGUUCGGCGCGUCUGCCGAGCUCUUUCCGGCCACACUACCACCCAUCUUGUCUCUGUGAUUCUAUCUGUUGUACGUGUCGUAUGAUGUAGCAUAAUUCUUGCUGGUUGUAUGUUCUCGUGAUCACACGACAGAGAGGCUCUGAACUGACCUCAGAGUGUGACUCACAGUCUGGAUCUCGUUUAAUGCUGUAACACGACACCCACAAAGGACA